CAGUCCUGCAACCUGCUGGAGCCUGAGAGCCUGGCAGAGGCCCUGGGAUCCCGUGCCACCAGUUUCGAUGCCCUCUACGAGCCCCGGAGCCAGGACCCUGAGGCUGGCACAGAGAUGGGCAGCGGCUUCGACCUGGGGCUCGGUCAGUACGUCCCGGUGAGCCCGGACGUGAUCAAGCGCCGGAGGGGUGGGCUGAUCGAGCAGAGGGACAUUAUCAAGGCACACGAAGCACACAAGAUGCAGAGCACCCCGCAGGCAAGGAGGAAGGAGUGGGAGAUGGCUCGCUUUGGGGAGGCAGUGGCCGGCAGGCUGGGCUCCGGAGAUGGGUGCUCUGACCAGAACCGGAGCCGGCAAGGACCUCCUGCUCCUGCGGGAGGGAGCCCGGGAGCCUUCAAGCAAACCAAAGCGCAGCGAGCCCGGACUAUGGCUCUGUACAACCCCAUCCCCGUCCGGCAGAACUGCUUCACCGUCAACAGAUCGCUCUUUCUCUUUGGGGAAGAGAACAUAGUCAGGAAAUACGCCAAGAAGCUCAUCGACUGGCCUCCCUUCGAGUACAUGAUCCUGGCGACCAUCAUUGCCAACUGCAUCGUGCUGGCCCUUGAGCAGCACCUCCCCGAGGACGACAAGACGCCCAUGUCACGGAGACUGGAGAAGACAGAGCCCUACUUCAUUGGGAUUUUCUGCUUCGAGGCUGGGAUUAAGAUUGUGGCUCUGGGCUUUGUUUUCCACAAGGGCUCGUACCUGCGCAAUGGCUGGAACGUCAUGGACUUCAUCGUGGUCCUCAGUGGCAUCCUCGCCACUGCUGGGACACACUUCAACACCCACGUGGACCUGCGGACGCUGCGGGCUGUGCGGGUGCUCAGACCUCUGAAGCUGGUCUCAGGCAUCCCCAGCCUGCAGAUUGUGCUGAAAUCCAUCAUGAAGGCCAUGGUGCCUCUCCUCCAGAUUGGCUUGCUGCUCUUCUUUGCCAUCCUCAUGUUUGCCAUCAUCGGCCUGGAGUUUUACAGCGGGAAGCUGCACCGAGCCUGCUACACAAACAAUUCAGGUGAACUGGAGGAGCUGGAGCCCCCCCAUCCCUGCGGGGUACAGGGUUGCCCCCCAGGCUACGAAUGCCGGGAGUGGAUCGGUCCCAACGACGGGAUCACGCAGUUUGACAACAUCCUCUUUGCUGUGCUGACCGUCUUCCAGUGCAUCACCAUGGAAGGGUGGACCACAGUCCUGUACAACACCAAUGAUGCCUUAGGAGCCACCUGGAACUGGCUGUACUUCAUCCCCCUCAUCAUCAUUGGAUCCUUUUUCGUCCUCAACCUUGUCCUGGGAGUGCUGUCAGGGGAGUUUGCCAAAGAGCGUGAGCGAGUGGAGAACCGCCGGGCCUUCAUGAAGCUGCGGCGCCAGCAGCAGAUCGAGCGGGAACUCAACGGCUACCGGGCCUGGAUUGACAAAGCGGAGGAAGUCAUGCUGGCUGAAGAGAACAAAAAUUCUGGGACCUCAGCCUUAGAAGUGCUCAGGAGAGCCACCAUCAAAAGGAACCGGACAGACGCCAUGAACCGUGACUCCAGCGACGAGCACUGCGUCGAUAUCUCCUCCGUGGGCGAGCGGAGGCUGGCCCAGAGAAGACCUCUUCAUCCAACCUUGGGUAACCCCUUGAGUCACUCUGGCCUUAAAGGUGCCAGAGUGGAUGGUGCCUCCUACUUGCGGCACAAGGAGCGUCUCCUGCGCAUCUCCGUUCGCCACAUGGUGAAAUCCCAGGUCUUCUACUGGAUUGUCUUGAGCCUGGUGGCUCUCAACACUGCCUGCGUGGCCAUCGUCCAUCACAACCAGCCAGCCUGGCUCACCCACUUCCUCUACUAUGCAGAGUUCCUGUUCCUUGGACUCUUCCUUCUGGAGAUGUCCUUAAAGAUGUACGGGAUGGGGCCGCGCCUUUACUUCCAUUCUUCCUUCAACUGCUUCGACUGUGGGGUCACCGUGGGAAGCAUCUUUGAAGUGGUUUGGGCUAUCUUCAGACCAGGAACCUCUUUUGGGAUCAGUGUUCUACGAGCCCUUCGUCUCCUGAGAAUAUUUAAAAUAACCAAGUAUUGGGCAUCCCUGAGGAAUCUGGUGGUUUCACUGAUGAGCUCCAUGAAGUCUAUUAUCAGCCUGCUCUUUCUCCUCUUCCUCUUCAUUGUAGUCUUUGCCCUGCUGGGAAUGCAGCUGUUUGGAGGCAGGUUUAACUUCAUCGAUGGGACCCCAUCGGCCAACUUUGACACUUUCCCUGCAGCCAUCAUGACAGUAUUCCAGAUUCUGACUGGUGAGGACUGGAACGAGGUGAUGUACAAUGGCAUCCGCUCUCAGGGAGGCGUGCGCUCAGGGAUGUGGUCCUCCAUCUAUUUCAUCGUCCUCACCUUGUUUGGGAACUAUACUCUGCUGAAUGUGUUCUUGGCCAUUGCAGUGGACAACCUGGCCAACGCUCAGGAGCUCACCAAGGAUGAGCAGGAGGAAGAGGAGGCCUUCAACCAGAAGCACGCCCUUCAGAAAGCCAAAGAAGUCAGCCCCAUGUCUGCCCCAAACAUGCCAGCUAUCGAAAGAGACAGGCGGAGGAGACACCACAUGUCGAUGUGGGAGCCGCGCAGCAGCCACCUGCGGGAGCGUCGCCGGCGGCACCACAUGUCGGUGUGGGAGCAGAGGACCAGCCAGCUGCGCCGGCACAUGCAGAUGUCCAGCCAGGAGGGCAUCAACAAGGAUGAGCCACCCCUCAUCAACCCCCACGCCAGCAUCUUCCGCAGGAAGAAACUGGGGGAUGGUGUCACCCUGGAGAAAUGCGCGGAGGAGCAGGGCAGCAAAGGCGAGAGGCCGCUGGCUGAGGGAGCAGAGCAGCCAGCCCCGGGAGCCAACCCCAGCGGUGGAGAGGACAGGAGGAGCCCAUCUCCCAGGGUCAAGAGAGACAAGGAGCUGUGGCACCAGAAAUCGUGCCACGGGAAUUGCGAGCCGGGCGAGCAGGAUGGAGCAGGAGGGGGCACCGAGGACAGGGCACGGAUGAGGCAGAGCCAGCGGCGCAGCCGGCACCGCAGGGCCCGGGUGGAGGGGAAGGAGCCAGCCAGUGCCCUGGGCAGCCGCUCGGCCAGCCAGGAGACGGGUUUGGAGGAGACCAGCCCCACAGAGGGGACACAGGACGGGGACCAGCAUGGGGACACGACCUCAGCAGAGGCACUGAUUCAGAGGGAGCCAGAGGCAAGCAGGGAGCCCAUCAGCAGGACAAAUGGGGUCCCUGCUGGUGAUGUGGAGCUGGUUGGGACCACCAAGGAGGGGAGCCCCACCAAGACAGCACCUGAACCCCCCCGGGAUCAGGACUGCAGCAGCCCGGACACCAGCGAGCAAGCACUGCUGGAGGGCAGCCACACUGUCAGCCGGAGUGAGCCCGAGCUCUCCUCCAUCACCCCCAACACCGAGAAGGCCACAGAGAGCACCACCAUCAUGAUCGAUGUCCACGACUCCGCUGUGGUACAGAUUAGCAACAAGACAGACGGUGAAGCCAGCCCCUUGAAGGAGGCCGAGAGCAAAGAGGAUGAGGAGGAGUUGGAGAAGAAGAAGAGGAAGAAGGAGAAAAGCGAGACUGGCAAAGCGAUGGUGCCACACAGCUCCAUGUUCAUCUUCAGCACCACCAACCCGGUGCGGAGGGCUUGCCACUACAUCGUGAACCUGCGCUACUUCGAGAUGUGCAUCCUGCUGGUGAUCGCCGCCAGCAGCAUCGCCCUGGCGGCGGAGGAUCCCGUCCUCACCAACUCUGACCGCAACAAAGUCCUGAGAUAUUUUGAUUACGUCUUCACCGGCGUCUUCACCUUCGAGAUGGUGAUCAAGAUGAUUGAUCAGGGCUUGAUCCUGCAGGAUGGCUCCUACUUCCGAGACCUCUGGAACAUCCUGGAUUUCAUCGUGGUGGUGGGAGCACUAGUGGCUUUUGCCUUGGCGAAUGCUUUGGGGAGCAACAAGGGCCGGGAUAUCAAGACCAUCAAGUCUCUCCGCGUGCUACGGGUCUUGAGGCCCCUGAAAACCAUCAAGCGACUGCCCAAGCUGAAGGCCGUCUUUGACUGUGUUGUGACUUCCCUCAAGAACGUCUUCAACAUCCUCAUCGUCUACAAGCUCUUCAUGUUCAUUUUUGCUGUCAUUGCUGUCCAGCUCUUCAAGGGGAAGUUCUUCUACUGCACUGACAGCUCUAAGGACACACAGAAGGACUGCAUAGGGAACUACGUGGACCACGAGAAGAACAAGAUGGAGGUGAAGUGCCGGGAAUGGAAACGCCACGAGUUUCACUACGACAAUAUCAUCUGGGCUUUGCUCACCCUGUUCACAGUCUCCACCGGCGAGGGUUGGCCCCAGGUGCUGCAGCAUUCAGUGGAUGUGACUGAGGAGGACCGUGGGCCCAGCCGCAGCAACCGCAUGGAGAUGUCAAUUUUUUAUGUUGUCUACUUUGUGGUCUUCCCUUUCUUCUUCGUCAACAUUUUCGUGGCUCUCAUCAUCAUUACGUUCCAAGAGCAAGGAGACAAAAUGAUGGAGGAGUGCAGUCUGGAGAAGAACGAGAGAGCCUGUAUUGACUUUGCCAUCAGUGCCAAGCCCCUCACACGAUACAUGCCCCAGAACAGACACACCUUCCAGUACCGUGUCUGGCACUUUGUGGUCUCCCCAUCCUUCGAGUACACCAUCAUGGCCAUGAUAGCAUUGAACACCGUGGUGCUGAUGAUGAAGUACUACUCAGCUCCAUACACCUAUGAGCUGGCCCUGAAGUACCUGAACAUCGCCUUCACCAUGGUGUUCUCCUUGGAGUGCGUCCUCAAGAUCAUUGCUUUUGGCUUCUUGAACUAUUUCCGGGACACCUGGAACAUCUUUGACUUCAUCACUGUCAUUGGCAGCAUUACAGAGAUUAUCCUGACGGACACCAAGCUGGUCAACACCAGCAGCUUCAACAUGAGCUUCCUGAAGCUUUUCCGGGCUGCUCGGCUCAUCAAGCUCCUGCGCCAGGGUUACACCAUCCGCAUCCUGCUCUGGACGUUCGUGCAGUCCUUCAAGGCCCUCCCCUAUGUCUGCCUCUUGAUUGCCAUGCUUUUCUUCAUCUACGCAAUCAUUGGGAUGCAGGUUUUUGGCAACAUCAAACUAGAUGAGGAAAGCCACAUCAACCGGCACAACAACUUCCGCAGCUUCCUGGGCUCCCUCAUGCUCCUCUUCAGGAGUGCCACGGGAGAGGCAUGGCAGGAGAUCAUGCUGUCCUGCCUGGAGGGCAAAGGCUGCGAGCCCGACACGACAGCCACGUCCGGGCAGAACGAGAACGAGCGCUGCGGCACCGACCUGGCCUACGUUUACUUCGUCUCCUUCAUUUUCUUCUGCUCUUUCCUGAUGCUCAACUUGUUUGUGGCGGUCAUCAUGGACAAUUUUGAGUACCUGACUCGGGAUUCCUCCAUCCUGGGACCUCACCAUCUAGAUGAGUUUGUCCGGAUCUGGGCAGAGUAUGACAGAGCAGCGUGUGGCCGAAUCCAUUACACUGAGAUGUAUGAAAUGCUGACUCUUAUGUCACCACCGCUAGGCCUCGGCAAGAGAUGUCCUUCCAAAGUGGCCUAUAAGAGACUGGUCCUGAUGAACAUGCCCGUGGCUGAGGACAUGACAGUCCAUUUUACCUCCACCUUGAUGGCCCUGAUACGCACGGCCUUGGACAUAAAAAUUGCCAAAGGUGGUGCAGAUUGGCAGCAGUUAGACUCCGAGCUUCAAAAGGAGAUCCUGACUAUUUGGCCUCACCUAUCCCAGAAGAUGCUUGACCUGUUGGUACCCAUGCCAAAAACCUCUGACCUGACUGUUGGCAAAAUAUAUGCAGCCAUGAUGAUCAUGGAUUACUACAAGCAGAGCAAAGCCAAGAAGCAGCGGCAGCAGCUGGAGGAGCAGAAAAAUGCCCCCAUGUUCCAGCGCAUGGAGCCGUCCUCCUUGCCACAGGAAAUCAUCUCGAAUGCCAAGGCUCUGCCUUACCUCCAGCAAGACACUCUCUCAGGCCUGAGCAGCCGGAGCGGGUUCCCCUCACUGAGCCCGCUCUCACCACAGGAGAUCUUUCAGCUGGCGUGCAUGGAUCCCACCCAUGGGCAGUACCAGGAGCACCAGUCUCUGGAGCCAGAGGUUAGGGAGUUUCAAAGAGUGCAGCCCUCUAACCGUGGCAGCUACCUUCCCAUGGACACUCAGGACCACGCUGUCUCUGAGAGGGCCUCCUCCAUGCCUCGUCUCACUGUGGAUCCCCAGGUGGUGACAGACACCAGCUCGAUGCGCCGAUCGUUUUCCACCAUCCGGGACAAACGGACCAACAGCUCCUGGCUGGAUGAGUUCUCCAUGGAGCGCAGCAGUGACAAUACCUACAAGUCCCGCCGGCGCAGCUACCAUUCCUCGCUCCAGCUCUCUGCCCGGCGCCUCAACGCCGACUCGGGCCACCGGUCCGACGGGCACCGCUCAGGCGGCAGGGAGCGGGGCCGAUCCAAAGAGCGCAAGCACUUGCUGUCCCCCGACAUCUCCCGCUGCAACUCGGAGGAGAGGAGUCCCCAGGCACAGGAUGAGUCUCCGGAGCGGCGGCGGGAGUCCCAGUCACCCAGCGAGGGCAGGUCACAGACGCCCAACAGGCAGGGCAUGGGCUCCCUGAGCGAAAGCUCCAUCCCCUCCAUCUCGGACACCAGCACCCCCCGGCGAGGCCGCCGCCAGCUCCCGCCGGUGCCCCCCAAGCCACGUCCCCUCCUCUCCUACACCUCCAUGCUGCGGCACCCCGGGGACGCCUCACCCCCCGCCCAGGAGAGCGAGGGGGGAUCCCCGCUCCUCUCUUCCACCUUGGAACCCAACGCCGCCGGCCUGACCACCGAGUCUUCCAGUUCCCCGGCGGGAGGGAAGCAAAGCCGACAUUCUACCCCUCAGCGUUACAUCUCGGAGCCCUACCUGGCCCUGCACGACGAUUCCCACACCUCGGACUGCGGUGAGGAGGAGACCCUCACCUUCGAGGCGGCCGUCGCCACCAGCCUGGGCCGUUCCAACACCAUCGGUUCCGCCCCGCCGCUGCGGCACAGUUGGCAAAUGCCCAACGGGCACUACCGGAGGAGGAGGCGAGGGGCAGGGCAGGGCGUGAUGUGCGGGGCCAGCAUCGACGUGCUCAGCGACACCGAGGAAGACGACAAGUGCUAGAAACCGCCCCUCGCCGCCCCCCAACACCACCCCCCCGACUCCAGCC